AUGAGCAAACACGGAGUCAAGGGGAAGGCCAAUCUACCUGCUGGAGGUUUCGUAGCCCUUGGUCGUGACAGUACUUCUGACUUGUCGUCUUCACGGCUAAAGUCACAAACUACAUCCAAGAAAGAGUUGCAGGGAUCCGGUGGAAUACUGAAAAGAGCCCGCGUCAAUUUCGGGUCUGCUGUGCAGCCAACCUCCUCGGCGUCAAAAAGGUACACUCAUAGCGAUGCCAACUGGAGAAGGUUUUGUGCUGAGGUGAAAGUUGAUGCAAAAAACCUGCUUUCGUCUUUAGAAUCAACUUUUGAAAAACAGAAGCCUCAUAAAGCUGCUCGAAUGGUUUGCGCUGUUGUUCGUGAACUUAUAGACAAUCGCGGCGAAAGUGGUGCCGCAGUAAUGGACCCGCUUUUAAUAUCCGGGCUAUAUGUUUUUGUAAAACGUCAUGGUUCUUUUCUAAUGCAGGCGGAAUUUGUUGAUGCUCUCUGCUCUGUGCUAACUGCUGGAUUUACGACAUCUUCACCUGCUUUUGCUUUCGCCUCUUCUGUCUUGUACGCUAUUUUACGUGAAACUGAACAAUGGAACUGGGUUCUUAUCGACUGUUUUAUUGAUGACAGCCUUCACGAGCGUCGUUGGGUAGAUCAUUCUUCGUCCAGUGCAUUAGUGGUAAACCUGUUAAGCGCUUUCGAAACGCAGGUGCCUGCGGAGUCUUUGUAUGCGGCGUGCGAAUUACGUUAUCCAGAGCGCUUUCUUCAUGCUCCAGUAUGCUAUAACUUCAUAAGUCUUAAAAGUCAUAAAUGGAGCAGUGAUUUUGCCGUUUUUCAGUCUCAGAUUUUCGUUUUUCAGAAUUGUUACUGUAGGCUUCCAGCGAAUCGGUUUGCCGAUGCAGCCGAUAAGCGUUCGAAAUUGACCACAUUGAUUGAAAACAUUCGAGAAAUUUGCGAUCGUAAAGGAGAGAGCGUCUCAAAGAAUUUACUAAAAACAAUGUGUUCUUGCUCCGGUUGCCCCGAAAUUAGGCUAAUAGCCAGUAGAAAAAUUGAUUCUUGGUUACAAAACGGGAAGUUACAACGUUAUGCAAUGGAAUUGAUGUUAUGGAUUGCAUGUAAUAUGGGUGCAAAGUUUACGGAAGAUGACGCUGACACUUUGAGCUACCUCCUGAAACUCCGCUCCUUGAAAAGCAAACAAAUAAAUGUUUUAUUUAAUGUAGCCUUAAAAGAGCUGCUGAAUAGUGAUAAUGACGUUCUUAGUAUUAUUGUGAAAUUACUACUGGCCAACGAGUUUUCGUCCAAUAGGUUCCCGUUUAAUAUGGCAAUAAUACAUACAUUAUUCUCAUUUGAUGCUGCAGCUGCGUCUAAGGUUUUGGCGAGAGAAAUUUGUUCAGUUCUGGCAGCAAAAGAGGAAUACCUUCGUGUCACCAGGGCUUUUUUGCGGGAAUUUGCUAGGUCACUGAUGCGAGUUCAUUUCGAUUUCGUGCUGUUUACCGAACAUCUAUUUUUGGCAAUUGUAGAUACUUUUGACGCCAAUUCUAUACCCGAUUUUAUGUUCAAGUCGGUUGUAGAUGUAUGCGCCUUUUUACCAUUUAUAUCAAUGUCUUCGGCAGUCCGUGAAGGACUACAGGUUAAGCGAGGUGUCGCUUCAACUUCUUCACAGUCAAACAUUGAGGCAGUAAAAAACUUGAUCACUUUAAGCUUUCAUGCGGACUUAUUGAAAUUCUUUGAAAUUGGUUCCGAGUUUUUGGCCAAACAUCACGAUUUAUGUAGAGAUACGGGACCUCAACCGCAGCCUGCUCGUUUAUUUGUGUACUCUUACUACCGGCUUUUCUAUUUCGCACCGGUCGACUAUUAUUCUAGCACAGAUGGUUGGCCAGCAGAAGCCGAAGCAACGCAGUAUAUACGUGCGUUCUCUGAAGCGCCAUUAAGCGAAAAGCUUCUUUUGACCAUUCUAGAAACAGCGAGUAACCCUUUAAUACCUAUUGAGGCGCCGGAUGCGAUAGAUUUGGUUCAGAACUUUACAAAAAGAGCAUAUCUUGCGUCGACAAUAAGUGGUAACGUUGGUUUGGUUCCAGUUACAAACAUUGAAACUAUUGAUACGCUUUUCAAAACAACUUUUUAUAGGCCGCCGUUCAAAUUCCAGAUCCCACCAGAAGAACUCCCUUCCUUGGCUGUAAAACUGCUCUACUGGAAUGCUUGGUUGAUAACAGUGAUGUGGGUUGCCCUGAAUAGAGGAAAUUUGAUUAAGAAGUGUUAUGUCGAGUUUCCCACUUUGAAGAUAAUAUUGCAGAUGAUACUCACUCGGGACUACCAUUAUCCCCCUAAUAGUAUGGAAUCCGACCAAGCGAAAAUUCUUCUAGAGGAAGAGGAACAUGAAUAUUUAUUAGAAAGAGAAACAGUAAAAAAGCUUGAAGCUCGUCUGGCUGGGCAUGAAGUAAAUGAAAAUGAAUCAAUGUUGUUGGGAAAGUUGUGCACUCUAGCACCAAGGGGUGUAGGCAGAAGGCCGUCGGAUGAUUUUAUUCGGGAAUUGGCCAAGCUUAACGAUGAAUUAGACUUAUCUCGGUCUUUGAGCGAAUGCCGUGACCCUGAUCUGCUUUCUGAUAUUAUUCGUUCACAAGGUAGCGUCCAAGCCCUUCGCCCGAUUUUAAGUCUUGUUGAAUCGAAUGAAAAUGCGAUAACAUAUUUGCCUUUGGAGUGCAUAUGCGAGCUUUUUAUUCAUUCUCUGUUAUCUUCUGUUUCAACAUCCAUGAGCAAGGAUAAAAAAUUAAGCGCUGACAAACUAUGUGUGAUGCGAAAUCGAUUACGCAGUUCAUUACAAGAAGCAGAACCAGAAGAAGGAUUAAUAACUCGCAUCCUGGAGUACUUUAUUUCUCGUUUAGGAGCUACUACGGCAUUUGAACGGACUUGUGCUGCUCAUGCUUUUGCACUGUUUUUGCAGCCGGACGCAAAUGCACCGGUACUACCCGUAAUUGGACAGGCUUCGUUCACAAGUCAUUUUCAUACAAUUUUUGGAUUCGAACACCGAAAGCAACAGCUAUGUUGUUGGAUUGCUCAGUUAUGCUCCGUUGAGACAGAUAUUAAGCGGCUUUCCGAAUAUUUUGCGUUCCUUAUUGAACAUUCUGAUUUGACUUCGACUCACUUGAUUGCUUGUCACCUUUCUUCAGCGGUUGCCCGUUUCGAGGGUGAGUUUGAGGAAGAUAAUAUCUGCAAUUUAGCUCUCUCUUUUUAUGAAAGAUAUUUACAAAAUGCUCAGGAAGAAGGUGCUAAGUGGACUGAUGAAGUUGAGGCUUCUUUACCACAGCACGCAAAAAGGGUUAUAUUAACACUCCGGGAGAGUGAAGAGAAUAACAAGCAGGUUUCUCAGGGUACCGUUAAAGUUGAAUUGGUUUCUUGCGCUGUUAGUGGCAUUAUGCAGUUAUUGUGUAGUCGAAGAAACAAUUUUGAUUUGACUAUUAAGAACAGACUUAUGGACGUAUGGUUUUCUGUUGAGCAUCAAAAACCAACGUUAGAAAUUGUAAAUGGUACUCGUGAAGAACUUCUUCCAGCAAAUUUGAAACUGAAAAUGGUAACCUGUACUGAAAAGCGUAUAGCAGAUUUUGCUCUGAAUGAGAUCGUUCACAUCAAAGAUGCAUUAAAAUUUGUAAAGUCCUAUGGUCUUACGGAAUAUAGCUGUACUAAACUUCUUAAAAUCCUGGACGAUUAUUCUGAGCUGUUGGAUGGAGACUUGAUCAAUGCAGCUUCCGAAGCUAUCCCAUUCAUUGUAUCCUACAAGAAGAAAGGAUUUGCGGGCGGCGAUAAAUUUCUGCAAAGGAUUCGUGGCUAUCAUGCUCCUGAAGGGGUUGUUAAGAUGGAAGUUAGUGAAAAUUCUGUAUUUUUUCUUGAUCCUCCCCCGUUCACGGAAGUUGUAGCUGAUGUUCGAAAGCAGUGGGAGUCUAUGUUACCGGAAAAAGUUGUCAAUUAUUUUGAGACGCUUCUGCUCAGUAAGGAAACACCCACUGAUGAGUGGGUGGCAGCAGUCUUAAAAAUCCGAGAAGACGUUUCUGUUGCCAGAGCUGUAGUGUCACUGAUCCGUCGAAAACCGGCUCUUGCAGGAAAUGAAAAAGUUAUGUCCUGUUUGCUUUUAGCUAUACAGCCGUUGCAAAUACAAGACGAUAUUCUUCGUGCAGACCUGGUUGCGUUGUCAAGCAUAGUCAGUAAAAAACCCGGUAUUACUGAAGGUACAAAAAAUCUUUUGAAGAAUGUUAGUAAAGUAAGCUCUACCAUUUCCGAAACAAAAGUUAAAAAAAAAAAACUGGAUGAAGUUACCCACAAUAGUGGAGAUGCUAUUCUUGCACAGCUUGCAGAGCCUGGAAUUUCGGAUGAAAACCAAAGCCGUUUGCUUCAUGAAUUCCUUUGUCGAUGUCCGGAACUAGUUCCUGUUAGCAAAGAAGAAAACGAGUCACCAUACUCUCCUUCUUUGUAUCAAAUUAUUGGAAUUCUCUUUUCAGGAAAUUUACCAGUUUUUGACUAUAUUAUAUCAUUAAUGCCUGUGAGGUGUUUCCCCAGCACUAUUUCGAAAAUCCUCUCAUGUCUUUUGGAGUCUCACAACAAUACGUGUGUUCCUCCGUCCUUCGUUUCUUCUUUUCCUGCACGAACAUUUCACAUUGCCGUUUUUUACUUUCUUUCAAGUAGAUCGAUAAUGAUAGCGGUCAUAAGCAGCUUACAUUUGGCCCGCCCAUUCCCUCUCACAAGAGGUCACUGUGCAGUGCUGGUUGAGUACAUUCUUGACGAACUACAAAGGGACUAUUCUACAAUGUCUAGAAUGACAUCCUUCUUGGACAAACUUGCAAAACAUCAUGAGGAUCUUGUCUGUGUUUUGUUCUCUACUUUCUCAGAAAUUUUGUCAUCGUCGGCACCAACUUUACGCAAACGUCUUGUGAAACAACUGGUAAUUAAAUUUCGCACUAUGUAUCCUGAUGUAACAGUGGAGAACGAUACAAUAUCAGUCAAUUCUUUGUCAACAAUAAAAGAUUUGGAUGGUUUUUUACGGGCGUUAUUUGUUGAUCUAUUCUUAGCCGCUUCAGAAAAUGCGACCAGUCUAGUUGACGAAAAGCUUACUGCGAUACGCCAGUUUGCUAGUUGCAGACCUCAUAAAGUUGACCCGUCAUCUACAUGGGAACCUCUGGCUAUUGGUAUAAUCCGAAUAUGUGAACAGUUCUUGAGGGUGAAAGCGAGGGAGGCUAGACCAUACUUAGUCGCAAAUCAGGAUGUCGUUGAGUCUAUUGCAAGUUUCACUAACAAACAUCCUUCUUCUAGGGUUGUCAUUGAUGCCAUAACGGCGGCGGCUGAUCAAGUGCGGUCUUCGGGAUACGAUAUGUGA